GUCUUGACACCCUACUUCACUGUCCCGCGAUAAACGAGGGUGACAACGGACAGAGCCGAGAGAGUCGCAUUCCCAACGAGGAAACCACUCACCCAUCCUUCUUCGUUGCCCAUUGUUUUUCAUUCCUUGGGCUAUCUUCUGCCAGUCCCUACAGGUCCGGCAGUCGUUUAAUCGUUACUGCGAUUGGCACUGCAAUCCAUUAACGCCUUUUGUCUAUGGUAUUUCACGUUACGUUGGCUUGACAAUUUGCGCAGAGCGCGCCCAUCCGUCAGCUUCUCUUCUUUUGCUUCUCAACGGUGACUGUUGCCAUUACCGUUUUGUGAACUUGUCACUUGUCGUUGUUUGACUCUUUCGAAGAGCUCUAAUGUCGCCUCUUAUAACCAACUACCGACCUUUCCGCACCUAUUUGAUUUAACCUCACUCCUGGAAAUCGAGCAACAAUCGACCGAGGACAACCAAAAAUGUCGCACCGUCCACACCCGCUACGACAAUCUCAGACUGUCGACCCUACUGUUCUUCGAUACCCUUCAACAGCAUCGUCAUCGGCAUCAUCGGGGUAUUCAUUUGCCUCGGAAGCCAGCAGAUCCAGCAUGUCUUCCAUAGGCUCUGGCGCCUAUGGGUCUCUGGGCCACAGCCGUGCUAAGAGCGAAUAUGCACGCCCACCGAUAUCCCUCAGUGCCAACAACUCGCCGCGGUCAAACACAAAUUCAGAUAAUAUCUACAACAAUGCCCGCCAAUCACUCCGUCCCCUCCCUCAGCCGCCUGGCGAAACAUCACCUACUAAGCGUAACCCGGGCGAUCUAUCACCAGCAAAGCGUCUCAUGUCUAAGAAGCAUGAGCGCGGACAGAGUCUGGACAUGAGCAAACUCGCCAUCUUCGAACAAGAGAAGACGGUCACACCCGCACCAGCACCGCCGCCCAGGAUGGGGAGCUUGCGGCCAACGUCGAUGCUCCUCACUCGAUCUGACACGAUCAACCGAGGGGGAAGUGCCGCUGUCGCCCAUGCCCAUGGCCCCGCCUCGCCUCCGCCCUUGCACCAUCCACAGGCAGUCCAACUGCCCGGAUCCGAUCUUGAGAUCCUUGGCCGCUCAUCCACAAACCAACUUCGUACCCUCUCGAAACUUGCACAGUCUGGAGAGGCUGAUGAGUUUGCCAUCACGUCACCGGCGCAAGAGGUUGUCGGACUAAAAGGCCGCCGCAGGCUUCAGAGAGCCGACAGGUCAAAUGCUGGCCGCCUCGGUCAGAAGUCUAGCGGAUAUGGGUGGGAAGGGAGAAAUUGGAUGGACAAACAACGACAAUUCCUUCAGGCAUACGAAUAUCUUUGUCACAUCGGUGAGGCAAAAGAGUGGAUCGAAGAUGUUAUGAACAAAUCUAUUGGUGAGAUUGUGAAGCUGGAAGAGGAGCUUAGGAACGGCGAGACUCUGGCGGAGGUGGUUCAAGCGCUGAACCCGGACCGAAGAUAUCGUAUUUUCCGGCACCCUCGUCUACAGUACCGCCAUUCGGACAACAUUGCAAUCUUCUUCCGGUACCUCGACGAGGUUGAACUACCCGACCUCUUCCGAUUUGAACUGAUCGAUCUGUACGAAAAGAAAAACAUCCCAAAGGUCAUCUACUGCAUACAUGCUCUCAGCUGGCUCUUAUACCGCAAAGGAAUUGUCGAUUUCCGAAUCGGAAACCUGGUUGGUCAACUUGAGUUUGAGCACCACGAUCUUGAAGCUAUGCAGAAGGGCCUGGAUAAGCUAGGGGCCAGUAUGCCGACCUUCGGUGACAUGGGCGCUGACUUUGGGGUUGAGCCGGAACCGGAACCCGAAGAAACGGAAGAGGAGCGGAUAGAAAGGGAACUUGGAGAAAAUGAGGAGUCCAUCGUCGAGCUGCAAGCUCAAGUACGCGGUGCAUUAUUGCGAAUGCGGCUUGGGGAGACAAUGCAGGAACUCUGGGACUCGGAGAACUGGCUUGUCGACCUUCAGGCCCGGAUUCGUGGUGAUUUUGCGCGCCAGAUCAUGGACUACCGACUAAACAUGAGGCGCUUCGCAGUGAAUCUACAGAGUGCCGCACGCGGGUUCCUCGUUCGGUCGCGGCAAGCAGAGAGAGAGUACAUGUGGAAGCGCUCAGAGCCCGCCGUUCUGAAGCUACAGAGUCUCUUCCGGGCUGCAAAGGUCCGCGAUGAGGUACGAGACGUGCGAUCUCAAUUGUCAGAGGCUACAGGUCCUGUACGCGAGAUCCAAGCGGUUAUGCGAGGCUUUCUCGCCCGCAAGGGUGUGCGCACCCAGGUGCAAGAGACGAGUCGAACGUCGGGAGCCGCACCGGGUCUCCAGGCGGCCAUUCGUGGUAUGCUGCUGAGGAACAGGCUUGAUCAUGACAGGGCUAUUCUUGCCGAGGAAGCUGUUUCGAUCUGCAGCUUUCAGGCCGCCUCCCGUGCCUUGCUCACAAGAAAACAGGUCGCCCUUCAACGGGAGUCACUAGCAAGCUUCACGGCGCAGUGGGAGGGUCUUCAAUCCGCCUCCAGGGGGAUGUUCGCCAGGAACAGCAUCCAUGUCACCAAGGCGGAGCUCCGGGGACACUCUCCUGCCAUUGGCCUCCUGCAGGCUUUUUCAAGGGCCGGUGCUGUACGACGUGAAACGACCCGGGUGUUGGACGCCAUCGCUGUACACGAGCCGCAGGUGGUUGAGCUUCAGGGCUUGAUCCGCGGCGCCAUUCAACGCCAACGUAUUGCCGCCGACUACCAGGACCUUGAGGAACAAGUCCCUCAGAUUACCGACCUGCAGUCUCAGAUCCGUGGUAUGCUCUGCCGCAAAGAGCAAGGUGAGCUUCUUGAUCAGCUCCAGAGCAACGAAGAGCAAAUCAUCACUUUGCAGGCCCAGAUCAGGGCUAUGAUCCUGCGAAACAACCUGGAUGUAGUGCUGGCCGAGCUCGAAGAGCAAGAAGGGACGAUUGUGCAGCUGCAGGCUGCGGCCAGGGGUGUGAUUGUACGCAAGAGGUUCGAGGAGAAGAAGCGUCACUUCAAGGAGAACAUGUCCAAGGUCAUCAAGAUCCAAAGUUUUGUUCGUGGAAAGCUCCAAGGUGAAGCCUACAAGAGCCUCACAACAGGCAAGAGCCCGCCCGUCAGUGCCGUCAAGAACUUUGUCCAUCUGCUCAACGACAGCGAUUUUGACUUCAACGAGGAGGUUGAGUUUGAGCGGAUGCGCAAGACUGUGGUACAACAGGUGCGGCAAAACGAGAUGUUGGAGCAGUACAUCGACCAGCUGGACAUCAAGAUCGCUCUGCUCGUCAAGAACAAGAUCACUCUGGACGAGGUAGUUAGGCACCAGAGCAACUUUGGUGGCCACACCAGCAAUCUGAUAGCGAACAGCUCCAUCGCUUCAGUGAACCAGUAUGAUCUCAAGGCCCUGAACAAGACGUCGAGGAAGAAGCUCGAGUCAUACCAGCAUCUCUUCUACAACCUACAAACGCAACCGCAAUAUCUGGCACGCCUGUUCCGCAGGAUACGUGAGCAAGGCACGGCCGAGAAGGAGUGCAAGCGCAUCGAGCAUCUCAUCAUGGGUCUCUUUGGGUAUGCACAAAAGAGGAGAGAAGAGUACUACCUCCUCAAGCUAAUUUCUCGCUCUAUAUGGGAGGAGGUUGAAGCUAGCCACAUGGUACAAGACUCACUACGUGGUAACCUCUUCUGGUCUAAGCUCCUAGGCAACUAUUCGAGGUCACCUCGCGACAGGAAGUACCUGCGAGACCUGCUCGGCCCUCUGAUUCGUGACAACAUUAUCGAGGACCCUGCUCUCGACCUUGAAAGCGAUCCUCUCCAGAUCUAUCGAUCCGCCAUCAACAACGAGGAGCUGCGGACGGGCAUGCCAAGCCAAAGGCCACUCGACGUCCCCAGGGAAGUAGCCAUCAAGGAUCCCGAGACGAGGGAGCUGUUCAUUGAUCAUCUUCGGGAUCUCCGUGAGAUUUGCGACCAGUUCUUGCUUGCUCUCGAAGACCUGCUUCCUCGACUGCCAUAUGGCCUCAGAUACAUAUGCCGCCAGAUGUUUGAUGCCUUGUGCCAACAUUUCAAGCGUGAGCCGCAGCACAUAUUGCUACAGAUGGUGGGCAACUGGUUCUGGCGCUUUUACCUGCAGCCUGCCCUGACGGCUCCUGAGAACGUCGGCGUGAUGGAGAAGGGGUUGAGCCCGCUGCAGAAGCGCAACCUGGGUGAGGUUGCCAAGGUUCUCGGCCAGGUAGCCUCUGGCCGUCCGUUUGGCGGUGAUAAUAUCUACCUGCAGCCAUUGAACGCCUUUGUCGCUGAGUCCAUGGAGCGUUUAGGCCAUAUCCUGGGCGAGCUGAUCUCAGUCGCCGAUGCCGAAAGUACAUUUGACAUUGAUGAGUUCAACGACCUUUACGCCAAAAACCGGCCCACGCUUUAUAUCAAGCUUGCAGAUAUCUUCGCCAUACACAACCUGAUCUCGUCAGACCUUCCCACUAUUUGUCCCAACCGCGACGACAUGCUCCGGGAGAUCAUGCAGGAGCUCGGUAGUGCCAAGAACAACGAGAGUGAGAUGACGGCUACCGGCUCGUCCGACAUCCAGAUGUUCCUCACUCCCAAGCUGCACGAUGUCGAAGAUCCCGAGGCAGAGAUCAAGGCUCUCUUCAUGGAGACGAAGCGCUGCAUCCUGUACAUUAUUCGUGUCCAGUCAGGCUCAACCCUCCUCGAGAUCCUGGUCAAGCCCGUCACGCAAGAGGACGAGCGGAAGUGGAUGGCGGUGCUGCACGACGACUUUAGCGACGGCGGGUCCACAAAGGGAGCUUAUUCCGACGUUAAUAUGGUCGACGUUACCCGUAUGUCGUACCUCGACCUCAAGCGCACGGCACUCGAGAACGUCAUGAGGCUGGAGCACGCCGGCAGGAUCUCCAAGCACAACCACUACCAAGAUAUAUUGAACGCCAUUGCACUCGAUAUCCGGACCAAAAGCAGGAGGAGAGUUCAGAGGCAGCGCGAGCUCGACGGGGUCCGCAUGACGCUUUCUAAUCUCCACGAGAAGGCAAAGUACCUAGAGCAACAGCGCAAAAGCUACGAUGACUACAUUGAGCAGGCCAUGGCGACUCUGCAGAAUAGGAAAGGCAAGAAACGGUUCCUGCUUCCAUUCACAAAGCAGUACAACCACCAACGCGAGCUCGAGCGUAGCGGCCGGGUGCCCAAGUUCGGAUCGUACAAGUACAGCGCACGCCAGCUCGCCGACAAGGGCGUACUUGUCAGCUGGGCGGGAGUGUCGGAGCGCGAUCUGAGCCAGAUCAACCUCACUAUCUCUUGCGACGAGGUGGGCGUAUUUGUCAUCGAGGGCUCGCGUGGCCACAUCCAGAUCCCCGGCGCGAGUGCCCUAGUCCCUAUCGAGGACCUGCUGCAAGCCCAGUUUGAGUCGCAUCAGUUCAUGAACCUCUUCGAGGGCAACCUGAGGCUCAAUGUCAAUAUCUUGCUGCAUCUGCUUUAUAAGAAAUUUUAUAGGACACAAUAAAUUGUCGGGGCGAAUUGGGGAGGGUCUAAAAAAACAAUGCUUGGGUCUGGUUUAGGUGCAUAUAGGAGCGGAAAUUGGGGGGGUGUUCUGGCAAAGUGACAUUUGUCUUAUUGUUUUCUUUUUCUUUUUCUUUUUCCCUGGAAGCAUUCUACAGUCAGGUUUUGUUUGUCUUUUUUUCUCAUUCUUCACUGUUCUUCUUGUCACUCUUUUGCUCUUUAUGAGCGUGUUGAUAUGUUUGGCGCACUAUAAUAUCUUUUGUGGCUGGGAAACGGGGAGGACAAGGCAACUUGGUGUUUAUGUUUUUGCUUCGUUCAGUUUGGGCAUAAAAUCGUUGAGACCGUCAUGGAACAUCCAGCAAAUAUAAGAGGGCAGCAUGAAGCAACGGGACAAAGUCUUGCGUCUUUUAACAUUUACAUUCUUGGCCCA